AUGUUUCUCCUUCUGGUACGAAAGCUAUGUAUCCGACGACGAAGAUCGGACACGGAAAAAUCCCCCGCUUCCUCAACUACGUCUCAAGAGCUUGAAUUCCAAGAGAAAGAACCGCAUCUACCCAACACCACCAUGACCACUACACGACAACGCGACGAAACAGAACAUAUCGUCAAUCAAUCAGCCGCCCUUGCAGCUACCGUGAGCAAUACAUCAGCCAGGAGUGCCACAUCAUCGGUUGCCGCCCUUAUAGCAGAGCCCAAAUCAGCAGCACCAAAAUAUAAACCAGAACAGCCAGAAGAAGAAGAAGAAUCAUUCUACCAUCUUCGCAGUCUGAUAACAGUCUCCUGCUUGCCACAGCAUAUGUCAGCCCAUACACGAACACCCUCGGCCUCAACACUAGGAUCUAAAUCAGGGAAACGCAAAAGUCAAAUCUUUGAUCGGAAGAGAGCGUCAUCGAUUCUGAGUUUACAUCUUGGUGAUCUACCGAGUUUACCGUUUCCCUCGAGAGGGAAAGUCUCGUGCAAGCGUUGCCCGAGGUAUAGCCCUCUUCCUCCACCGUUUGUGCAGAAGAGACUUGCUAUUCGGCCCGAAGUACGUUUUUAG